AUGGAAUAUAGAGAGCUCGUGCUUCAUGGCAAACUCGUUCGUGACGCUCGAGGCGGCCUACGUGGAGCGCCCGCUCCCCGACCUGAUGGCGAAGUGGGUGUUCGCGGUGGGCGCGCUGUCGGACGACGUGCGCAACUGCGACGAACAUGGCGGGAAGCCAGCGAUGGCCCCGGCGAAGGUGACCGCGUGGCUGGACGGGUUCGACGACGGCUCCGUCGUGUACGUCUGCUUCGGGUCGCAGCAGGCGCUGUCACCGGCGCAGGCGGCGUGAGUGGCCGGCGCUCUAGCGCUGGCUCGGUGGCUUUCGUCUGGGCGGUGAGGAGCGGCACCGUCGUGCCGGAGGGGUUCGAGGCCGCAGCCACGGCGGCGUCACGGGGCAUGGCAAUCCGCGGGUGGGCGCCGCAAGUGGAGAUCCUGUGCCACCGCGCCGUGGGGUGGUUCCUCACGCACUGCGGGUGGAACUCGGUGCUCGAGGCGACCGCGGCCGGCGUGGCAAUGCUCACGUGGCCGAUGGGCGCCGACCAGUUCAUCAACGCGUCGGUGCUUGCGGAGGCAGGCGUGGCGGUGCCGGUGGCAGAGGGCGCCGACGCCGUGCCAGACGCUGGAAAGAUGGCGAGCGUCAUCGCUGCAGCUGUCGCAAAGGAGGGGGAGUCCGUGAGAAAGCGUGCGGUGGAGCUCGGCCGGAAGGCGGCCACCGUGGUGGCGGAGGGCGGAACCUCGCACAUUGAUUUGGAAGAGUUGGUGCGUGUGCUCAGUGACGUCGACUACUACCUCCGUUCCUAA